AUGGGAAACGGGAUGUGCUCCCGAAAGCAGAAGCGGAUCUUCCAGACGCUGCUGCUGCUGACAGUGGUGUUUGGCUUUCUCUACGGCGCGAUGCUCUACUAUGAGCUGCAGACGCAGCUGCGGAAAGCCGAGGCGGUGGCGCUCAAGUACCAGCAGCACCAGGAGUCCCUUUCCGCCCAGUUACAAGUUGUCUAUGAACACAGAUCAAGAUUAGAAAAAUCCUUGCAAAAAGAAAGACUUGAACAUAAGAAAGCAAAGGAAGAUUUUCUUGUUUAUAAAUUAGAAGCACAAGAAACGCUAAAUAAAGGAAGGCAAGACUCCAACAGUAGAUACAGUGCAUUGAAUGUGCAACAUCAGAUGUUGAAGAGCCAGCAUGAGGAGCUAAAGAAACAGCACAGCGACCUGGAAGAGGAGCACCGCAAGCAAGGAGAAGACUUCAGCAGAACAUUCAACGACCACAAGCAGAAGUACCUGCAGCUGCAGCAAGAGAAAGAGCAGGAACUUUCCAAGCUGAAAGAAACCGCGUACAACUUGAGAGAAGAGAAUAGACAGCUGAGGAAAGCUCACCAAGACAUACAUACACAGCUUCAGGAUGUCAAGCAGCAGCAUAAGAAUUUACUCUCCGAGCAUGAACAUCUUGUAGUGACUUUGGAAGACCACAAGAGUGCACUAGCGGCUGCACAGACUCAAGUUGCGGAAUACAAACAGCUGAAGGACACUCUGAACAGGAUCCCAAGCUUUAGAAAAGCAGAACCCGCAGAGCGGCCGAGUGUUACCCAGGUGGCUCACUCUCCACAAGGUGACAGCACAGCAAGGGAGAGCCCAGCCAGAGAGCCACAGCAGGUGUCUCGAAAUGGUCACGUGUGGCAGAGGCACGAAGCCGGGCCUGGGAGAACGGAAAAAACAGAGCCUUCCCCUCCCGCUCGGAAGGACGCGGAGUUCCAGGCUCCGGCGGAGCAGAGCCAGCACGGAGCGGAGGCCGGGAAGCCGGAGGAGCAGCAGGUGGAGGAGGAGCACAGGAGGGCCCUGGAGGAGGAGGCCAUGGAGCAGGUCGGGCAGGCCGAGCGUCUGGAGGAGGAGCACGACCGGUCCCCAGAGGAGCAGGACCGGGAGUGGAAGGAAGACGCCAACCUCGUGGGAGGGCGCGCUCCUGCCGAGGGAGGCGGUCACCCCCCUCAGGUACAUUCUUCAGCUGAGCCGGUUACCAAGUUCCGAUCAGCGUACGAGGAGCAGCUGGAACAACAGAGACUGGCGGUGAGGCGUGCAGAGGAGGCCCAGCGGCUGAGAGAGCACCAGGAGGCCCUGCACCAGCAGAGGCUGCAGGAACACUUGUUGAGGCAGCAGCAGCAGCAGCAACAGCAGCAACAACUUCUCUCGCAGGAGAUGGCCCAGCAGAGGCUGGCCCAGCAGGAGGAGGGGAGAGCACAGCGCCCGGAGCAGCUACGGCAGCAAGCUCAUUACAAUGCUGUGGAUAAUGAUAUCGUUCAGGGAGCCGAGGACCAGGCCAUGCAAGAAGAAGGAGGCGCCUAUGAGAGAGACAACCAGCACCAAGAUGAGGCAGAAGAAGACCCAGAGAAUGGACGCAUGCCCCAAGAACAAGGGCUGCCUGAAGCUGACCCCGAAUCUGAGGUGGAUAGGGCAGCUGUAGAGGAUAUAAACCCAGCAGAUGACCCUAAUAAUCAAGGCGAAGAUGAGUUCGAGGAAGCCGAGCAAGUGAGAGAAGAAAAUUUGCCAGAUGAAAACGAAGAGCAGAAGCAAAGUCCUGAAAAGCAAGGGAAUGCAGAAAUGGAGGAGCAUUUGGUGAUGGCAGGAAACCCAGACCAGCAGGAGGAUAAUGUGGACGAGCAGUACCAGGAGGAGGGAGAGGAGGAGGUUCAGGAAGAUUUGACUGAAGAGAAAAAGAGGGAAUUGGAGCAUAAUGCUGAAGAGACCUAUGGUGAAAAUGAUGAAAAUGCUGAUGAGAAAAACAAUGAUGGAGAAGAACGAGAAGUUCGAGCUGACAAACACCCCAAAGGCCGAGAAGAACACUACGAGGAGGAGGAGGAGGAGGAAGACGACGGGGCGGCUGUUGCUGAGAAGUCCCAGCGAAGAGCUGAAAUGUAGCUGCAGCCCCAGCUGACAGACAACAGUCAGCCGACAGAUUCCUUACAAGCUGCUCAAAACUAAGCCUGCCUACUGAACUCUAGGAUAUUUAAUUACAAAAAUUAUGUAUUUAGAUUUUUUAAACUUUUGUAUUAGAAAUGCUCAUACAAUUAUAUGAUAUAUUUUGAUAACCUAGGUUAGAGCUUCUUUUAUAUUCAAGCUAAACCUGAGCAAAAAGAAAAACAAUAAAGCAAACCUUAGGCUCUGAAUCUCGUUUUUCAAAGACUAUGUAAUGUUGGAAAGGACAUCGAUUGUGUACAUUUUUCAGCUUGUUUCUUUUCUCUAUUCUGGUUUUCAGGUGUUUGUUGUGUCAGUUGCCUUUGAUAAAAUACAGGACUUCAGAAUAAAGAAUAGUGCAGAAAUGCCAUGUAGACUUGAAGGAGAAUGGCCAGUUUACUAAUUGCCCCUUUUUUGAGGUUCUUGUGCAUCAUUCCGAUAGAAUUUUCACCAGUCUUUGUAUCUCUGGAGUAAGAGCCAUUGAAAACCAACAUUGUUUUCAGACUUGUCAGAACAGUUAGAAAAAUAUUUCACUUCAAAACACGGCUAUUCUUUCUGAAAGGAAUUAAAUUUAAAAGUGAGAUAGUACUAAAAUUUAUGUAACGGUAUUCUGGACUUAGGUUUUUCAAUAUUCAGACAAGGUAUGAUACCUUAGUGCACUCACCUUUUUUGAAGGACUGACACAUAGUUUAAUAACUAAUUUACUGUGUAGGGGCGAUGUUUUCUACAUGACCACCCAUUCUGUUAUUUUUCCAAAGCCACCUGGUGGUAUUUGUUUCAUUAUCUAAUUCCCCACAGUAAUAUAUAUUUCCCCUGUAAGCUCUGUGCCUCAGUACGUAAUCACUUUGACGAUAAGUGUGAAUAUGAAGAUAUACCAAGCUAUACAACUGAAUAAGAUUAUUUUUCAAAAACUGUACAACAGUAUGAUAAACCUUGGUGACUUUUUUCACUGCUGGGGUUGUGUCUGCAUUGUGCCCACAGAUAGACAUUUUAAUGAUGAUGAAUUAUAAAACUUAAAGAAGUGAAGAAUCAGAAAUUUCCCUUGUGAUAGAGACAUUUCAGUCUCAAGCAUAAAGAGUUUUAGGUAUAUAAAAUUAGGUAAUUCAUGUUUGUGGUUUUGUAAUACUCUCAGAUUAAUAAAAAACAUUUCCAUUGCUACCACUGUGGGAUGAAUGUACUUUUAUUUUGUAGUGACCACACUCACGUGUGGCUUUGAGUGUCCCAGCUGAGUGGUUGUAUAUGUACGCAUAGGAAUGUUUCUUCAAAUGUGUUUUGGAAUUUCAGUAAUCCUAAGUCAAAUUUUACCUUUAUGUAUAAAAACCCUUUAUGUAAUGUAAAAUGUAUAAUAUUGUACAUAAUAUUCAGAAUACAAUUAUUUUGGUAAAUUAGUUUGUAUUUUUAAUGUCCCAGUUACAGUAUUUAAUUAUUUGAAAUAUUGAAACUUGGUAAUAGUCAAUAAAGCCAUAAAAAGGAAGUGACAAAGUUUAAAGUAUGUGAUUUUUUAAUAGUUUGGGAUUUUAUAAUUUCUUUUCCUUAAAAGGAAACAAAUUUAAGAGGUACCAAUAUAUAUUAAUAAAUUAUAAAAUGCCUUUCUCAA